AUGAACAUUGGGUUCUUGGUGCCAUUUUUGCUUGCACGUGCUUCCUUAGCUUUCUCAGUAUGGAACAUUAUUCAGGUUGGAGCUGUCAAACAAUACCCAGAAGUGACGAAAAUAACCUCGGUUUAUACGGCAGUUGGGACAAUCCAAACUGUGAUAUCAUCAAUGAUAAUGGAGAGAAAUCCAAGUGCUUGGAGAGUGAAGCUUUAUAUGGAACUCCUAGUCAUUGUUUUAACAGCUGUGUUUGUGAGUGUAAUUCGCGGCAGAGUUCAGAAAUGGUGCAUGGAGGUGAAAGGCCCUUUUUAUGUGCCAUUGUUCAAGCCACUAGGGAUUCCCAUUGCAACCUUCUGUGGUUGUUUCUUCUUCGCAGAUAGCUUCCAUUAUGGCAGCAUUCUGGGUUUAGCCAUAGUUGGAAUGGGGUAUUAUACAGUGAUGUGGGGACAAAUUAGAGCAGAUGAAGAACAACGAGAGAGAGAUCUAAAUUUACAGAUCUGA